UAAAGCAGUGAAGAGAGGCACUGUGGAAUUUUAGAGGUAUAGAGCUGUAGCACACCUGUUCCCUCCUCUCCUCUCUUCUCUUCUCUUCUCCUCCCUCUGUCUCUCUCUCUCUCUCCCGGCACUACACCGCGCUGCACUCGGUCUGGCUUAACAUGGGCUCCUCACAGUCUGAACUGCAGGAACAUGAGCUCCAGGAUCUCUCCGAGAAAACCGGCUUUUCUCUGGUGCAGAUCAAAAACCUGCACAAGCGGUUUAAGAACCUGAGCCACAACGGCGACACCUUGAGCCGAAGUGACCUGGAGAACAUCAGCGACUUGACCUUCAAUCCUGUUAGAAACCAAAUCAUCAAUGCCUUCUUUGAUAAAAGGAACUUUGGUCAGAACGAGGUGGGCGUCGAGGAGGAGAUCAGCUUCAGGGAGUUCCUCACUGUCCUAUCACACUUCAGGCCACUGAAACAGCAGCUGACGCAGGAGGACAGAGAGAUGAUUAGAAGAGAGAAACUCCGCUUUCUGUUCAACAUACACGACAAAGACAACGAUGGCAUCAUCACUUUGGACGAAUACAGACUGCUGGUAGAAGAGCUCGUGUCCAAGUCUGCUACAGAAGAAGAAACAAUCAAGUCCGUCGCCGAUGCUGCUAUGCUCGAGGUUGCGAGUCUCACGAUGGGUCAAAUGGCUCCAGACGAGAUUUAUGAGGGAAUCACAUUUGAGCAUUUCCUUCAGAUUAUGAAAGGUGUGGAGAUCGAGUCGAAGAUGUACAUCCGCUUUCAGCACAUGGACACGAUGCCGAUGAGCUGUAGGAAGUAAACCCGAGAAGUUCCACUUGAACGCAAAAGCUCGCUGUGAUCGCUGCCGAAUGUCCACACCGCUCCGUGACCUUUCUACUUCCUCUGAAUGCAUCUCCAAAGCUUCCAGUCCUGCUGCACGAGUGACGCCUGAACGGGUUGAACGAGAUGUGUGGCACUGCUAUGAACAGAUCUUUGAAGUGACAUGCAUUCAGGUGUUGAGUGAAGGAAUAUCACAUGACUGAAAGGGGAGAUCAUUUUUGAAUCCCUUUGUCCUUAUCUAUUUUGGUUGCCUUUGAGUCGAGGUUAAAUUCUGCGCCCGGUUAGCACUUGAAAACCUGUUCUAUAAAUAUCCGACUCAAAUAUAACAAUCUCUCCCAAUUCACUGAGCUUCCAACGAGAUCCGAUCCUCCUCUCCAUCCUUCAAGUCAUUUUUCCUUCACUGCCAUGUAACACCCUGGUAUAAUUCGCAAAGAAUACUAUGAUGCUCCCACCACCGUGCUUCGCUAUGUGUAUGGUGUUCUCAGGACCGUACGCUUGGCUUAUCUUAUCUUAUCUUCUACACUUCCAGGCGUGGCACAUCGGUCUUGAUACAGUUAGUCAUAGUUCCAUGAACAUUCCAGCUACAAAUUACAGAACCAGUUCUGCAGUUCACGAACUUUGCGGACAAAUGAACCUGAUGAAUUUAUGAUCCCAAGCCUUAAAAACCUUACAAAUAGAGGGCUACUGUAACAUUUGAACAUUUUUAUUACAUUAAUAUCAUACGUAUAUGCAACGUCGUGGGAAAUGGUGUGUUAUUUAACCAUUAUUCGGUGAAGGCAGAGUGAAUAUCGGUGAAUAAUAACCGAGCCAAAGUUGAGAGAUUUUCAACACAAGAAAAUAAACUUUAUAUGUUCAAGACAA